UUAAAUGAGGAUGGAGACUGGGUGUACUCUGUGGAUGCCUGUAAAGACGAGUAUCUGGUGAAAUAUCCUGUUGCCAUCGAGGAAGAAUCUUUGAAGACACACAUACGGCGAAUAGUGGCAAGAUUUAACGACACUGGUAGCGUCUCUAAGGGAAAACCGACGGGGAGACCUGAAGUUAGUGAAGACGUUGUUGACGAUUUAAGGACGAGAAUGGAGCAAAGUCCGAAGAAAUCUUUGUCAAAACUGUCUUUACAGUCCGGAGUACCAUACAGCACGUGCCAGAAAGUCGUAAAAAAGAAGUUACAUAUGCAUCCAUAUAAGAUUUCGUUGGUUCAGGAGCUGCAACCAGCAGAUUUUCCUCGCCGCGUCCAGUAUUGUCAUUGGUUUCAAGCUAAUUGGGACGAUAACAGGAUUCUUGAUUUGUCGUUCUUUUCUGAUGAAGCCUGGUUUCAUCUGUCCGGCUACGUCAACUCACAGAACUUCAGAAUUUGGAGUACAGAAAAUCCUCACGCUUUUGAAGAAACACCAUUACACGCAAUGAAGGUCGGUGUGCGGUUAGCUGUUUCCAGACGACGAUUCAUAGGCCCGAUAUUUUUUCAAGAGACAAUUAAUGCGGCGAGAUACAGGGAGCAAAUUUUGGAUGUGUUUCUGAAUCAGUUAUUGCCUGAAGAAUUAGAGUCUGGUUAUUUUCAGCAAGAUGGUGCUACAGCUCAUACGACAAGAGAAAAUUUAAGAUAUUUGGAAGAAUUUUAUGAUGACCGCAUAAUAAGUUUAAGAGCCAAUCCAGAGUGGCCCCCCCGAUCUCCUGACUUGACUCCACUUGAUUUUUCAGUGUUUGGAUGGAUGAAAGACAGCAUUUAUAAGAAUAGAAUCCACACAUUGGAAAAAUUAAUGGAUAAAAUUACACGUUUUUGUAAUGAAAAUCUCAAUGAAGAAGUAUUGCAGGACAUUUUUGAAAAUAAAAAAAGAAGAGUGGCUUUGUGUUUGCGGGAAAAUGGACAACAUUUUCAACAUCUUUUAUAAAAUACAUUGUAGUGGCCUACUUUGUAUUUAAAUUUAAAGAAAAGCGCGCCCAACCGACUGCCGGUGGCGGCAGUUAGUUUUUUAACACCCAUCAGACAAGAGGUUGUAUUUACAAUUGUGUACAGAGCGCUUUCUGUCUGUGUUUUAUUGUUUCAGUUUAUUCAUUGUGUUUUCACCCCGACUGUCACCUGGACUUUUCCCCCUUGUCGUUGGAGCCGCCAACCACCGCUGCCGUCUUCCGUGGGGCUGAAAAUCGCUUCUUCGCUCGCGGAGGGAGGAACGUUUGGGGCGGUCAGAACGCUGGGCGUUUGGUCGAAUUGGACAGAAUGCCGUUUUGGUGUGGAAAUCGCCGAGCUACGACCCGGGGCCCGCUGUAGAAGAUCUCCAGACGUUCGUCGCACGUGAUCGUCAUUUUCUUAGUUUUGUUUUCAGUAUCAGUAAACCGUUGUCGCAGGGCUUUUCAGGCAAUUCAUUAGUUAGGAUGCAAUUCAAUUUCAUUAAUUUUAUAUCCAAGGUUUUUGGAUGGUUUUUCCCCAGUUGCCACUUUUUUUCAAAUUU